ACUGUUGUUGUGUGUCUGUGUGUCUAGGGCACGGAAAACACGAAAACCAGAAGAAAAUAAUAUCAUAUUUUCAACCCCUUGAAAAACACUUUAAAUCAUAUUAUUCCACUGACAGAUCUCUCUCUCUCUCUCUCUCUCUCUCUCUCUAAAAGCUUAAUAGCCAAUUAGCCAUGGCGGAAACUUCGUCUUCUCCGGCAACAACCCUAGAAACCAGUCUCCCCCAACAGCAAGAACAAGAUAACUCCGCUUCCCAAUCCAAUGAAACCAAUCCUCUACCACCACCACCACCACCACAACCCCAAUCGGCAUCCACACCUCUUCUAGUUAACCCUAAUUCGAAUCAACCUAUAGCACCUGCUCCAGUUGCUCCACCUUCGGCGUCUGUUUCCUACGCGCCGCCUCCGGUUUCCGGCGUAUCGGCUGUUCAUCCGGCGGCACCUUCGUUCCGUCCGAUUCCUCAGUUUUCUCACGUGCCCAACGCGAACUACCAGAACCCUGGCGUACCAAAUUUCGGUGUCCAGCCUCCUGGUGUGAGUUCUUCUCCGUCGGCAAUUCCUCCUGGUUCGAUGAGCGGCGGUCCUGCCGCUGUUUCGGUUCCUGUGGUGCCGCAGCCUUUGAUGCAAUAUCAAGUCCCGCCUGGUCAGCCUCCUAACCCUGCUUUGAGACCCUACGCGCCGAUGCCGAAUGGAUACACAGCCAUGCCCGCCGGUGUUCCUCAAGGCACAAUACCUCCCCCUGGACUUCCUCGUUAUCCUGCCCCAUAUCCAUCAUUGGUUCGGCCUGCAUUUCCCCUACGUCCACCAGGUGCAAUUGGUGCGCUACCAGCAGUGUCACGCCCGCCUGUUCCGGGAAUUCCUGGCAUACGUCCAAUCAUCCCCCCAGUUGUUAGGCCUGCUGUCGUUCCUAGUGUUACCCCAGCUGAGAAGCCACAAACCACUGUUUAUGUUGGGAAAAUAGCACCAACUGUGGAAAACGAUUUUAUGUUAUCACUCCUUCAGUUUUGUGGACCGGUCAAGAGUUGGAAACGUGCUCAAAAUCCAUCAGAUGGGACUCCUAGAGGAUUUGGAUUUUGUGAGUUUGAGUCUGCUGAAGGAGUUCUUCGUGCGUUACGCUUACUUAGUAAAUUUAAUAUUGAUGGGCAAGAACUGGUGUUAAAUGUAAAUCAAGCAACAAGAGAAUAUUUGGAGAGAUACGUUGAGAAGAAAACUGAAAACCAUAAGAAGGUCAAAGAAACUGAAGCUGUGGGAGCUAAAACAGAGGAUGAAGAUGCUGUAGAUGCUGAGAAGAAGGAAAUUCCAAAUCCCUCUGUGACGGAUUCAAAGGAUGACAAUGAUUCGGGGAAUAAAGAAAAUGAGACUACUAACUUUGGGAUUGUGACUGAUGAAGACAGGGUAGCUGACCAAGAGGCUAUAGAAAAGCUGACUGGCAUGAUAGAAGAGAGGUUGAAAACGAGACCCCUCCCUCCACCUCCUGCACAAGCACCUGCUGAUGGCACUGGAAAUUCAAAUUCAGAGCUUCUGACUAAAUCAAGGGAUGGGGACUCUGAUGUGGAUCUAUUAAAAAAUGAUGCAACUGAAGAAAAAAAUGAUGGUGAAACAACUAGUGACAACAAACCAGCAAGUGAGCAUGAUAAGCCUGAAACAAGCUCACCUGAUAAGAGUAAGAGGCAUGAUAGAAGAAGCAGAGAUAGAGAGCGAGAUCUGAAACGGGAAAAGGAGCGGGAAAUUGAAAGAUAUGAAAGAGAAACAGAGCGAGAACGGAUACGAAAGGAAAGGGAGCAUAGAAGGAAGAUUGAGGACGCUGAGCGCCAGUAUGAGGAAUGUCUGAAAGAGUGGGAGUACAGAGAAAGAGAGAAAGAGAAACAGCGUCAGUAUGAGAAGGAAAGAGAGAAAGAAAGGGAACGCAAAAGGAGGAAGGAGAUUAUUUAUGAAGAAGAUGAUGAGGAUGAUGACUCAAGAAAAAGGUGGCGGAGAGGUGUGUUGGAGGAGAAGAGAAAGAAGAGACUGCGAGAGAAGGAAGAUGACUUGGCUGACAGACAAAAAGAGGAGGAAGAAAUUGCUGAGGCCAAGAGGAGGGCUGAUGAGGAAAGGGAGCAACUGCAUCUGAAAGAUGUCUUGAGGAGUUCAUCUGGUCAGGUAACAAAUGGAAGUGAGAAAACUGUGUUGGCUGAAGAAUCCAACGCUCAAGAUAUGGUUGUUGAACAGGAUAAUGAAGGUGCUUCUGGACGUGAAAAUCAUAUAGGUGACAUGGUUUUACAAAAUGGCUGUACCAAUGAUGAAUCAAAUAUGGCAUCAACUGCUGCAUCAGAUAUGCAACAGAGUGGUAAUGCCACAACAAAGAAGUUGGGUUUUGGUCUAGUUGGGUCUGGAAAACGUACUGCAUUACCUUCUUUUUUCAACGAGGAUGAUGAUGAUGCACAUAAGGAGAAAAAAAUGAGACCUCUGAUUCCCAUUGAUUAUUCAACUGAGGAAUUGCAGGCCGUCCAACCUACAGUUUCUGGGGCAGCUCCACCAAAUUUGGCUGCAGCUGCUGAAUUUGCAAAACAAAUAUCAAAUGUUAGUUCUAAAGAAGAGAAGCGUGAUGCUGAAAAGGAAAGAAAUAGACGCAUCAAUGAUAGGCCAAGCCAGCGGGAAAGGGACCGUAAUGAUGAGGAUUAUAGUCGCACUAGAGAUGAGAAGAAGGAACGGAAUCAGGACCGUGAUACUGAUCGGGAACAUGGACUUGAUAAACCGAAGACACCAGAUAACAAGAAGCUUUUGGAUGCUAAGCAGUUGAUUGAUAUGAUCCCAAGGACCAAGGAGGAGCUAUUCUCAUAUGAAAUAAAUUGGUCCAUUUAUGAUAAGCAUGCACUGCAUGAGAGAAUGAGACCAUGGAUCUCGAAGAAGAUAACAGAAUUUUUAGGAGAGGAAGAAGCAACUCUAGUAGAUUACAUUGUAUCCAGUACUCAGGAACAUGUGGAAGCGGAUAGAAUGUUGCAGCUUCUUCAGUCCAUUUUAGAUGAGGAAGCUGAAAUGUUUGUUCUCAAGAUGUGGAGAAUGCUCAUCUUUGAAAUUAAGAAGGUAGAGACAGGUCUCUCUUCGAGAUCAAGAACAUGAUAAUGAUUUUGUUUCUGUAGAACGAGAAUAUUAUUAGCACUUACCUCCCUGAUUGACCUUCUCUGCCCAUGUCAACUUCUUUUUCUUUCUAGAAUGGAUAUUAUAAAAGCUGUUACGGUUGAACCAUAUCUUCAGUUUGUAUUGUUUUAAAAUUCUUUUUAGUCGCCAUAAGCAAAUGAACCCAUUUUUGUAUUCAUACCUCAUGUGGGUCGCUUGUCAUGUAUCUGCCCUCUAUGAUAAGAAAUCCAUAUGCCACCUUUCUGAUA